ACAACAUUCUCCAUCUUCGCCAUUUCUCUUUCGAUUGUACUAUAAUUUUCAGUGUUCUUUUUUUUUUUUUUUCCUGAUAAUUGAAGCAGAUUCUGUAAAAUGCACAACAACACGGACUCCGAGGUUACCAGCCUCUCUCCAUCAUCGCCGAUCAGGUCCCCACGUCCUCCAGCCUACUACGUGCAGAGCCCGUCCAGCGAUUCCCACGAUGGGGAGAAAACUACUUCGAUGCACUCCACGCCUGUGCUCAGCCCCACAGGUUCGCCUCCGCAUUCCAAUUCCUCUGUUGGUCGCCACUCUCGGCAGUCCUCUUCCAGCCGGGUUUCCGGCUCGCUCAAGCCUGGAUCCCGCAAGAUCUUGCCCAGUGACGAUCGGGGCUGGCAGCGGAAGGGAGGCAAGGAGCGGAGAGAGUGUUACGUGAUUGAGGAAGAGGGCCUUCUGGAAGAUGAAGAGCGUGAGAAGAGUUUCCCUCGUCGAUACUAUUUCUUGAUAUUUGUGGUCGGAUUCAUUGUUCUGUUCUCUCUGUUUUCCUUGAUUCUCUGGGGUGCCAGUAAGCCCCAGAAACCCAAGAUCACAAUGAAGAGUAUAACGUUCCAGGAAUUCAAGAUCCAGGCGGGUUCGGAUUAUAGUGGCGUCGCCACUGAGAUGAUCACGAUAAAUUCUACGGUGAAGAUGAUCUAUCGAAACACAGGAACAUUCUUCGGAGUACAUGUCACAGCCACUCCUCUGGAUCUCUCAUAUUUUGAGCUCCCUAUAGGUUCUGGAACAAUGAGGAAGUUUUAUCAAUCAAGGAAGAGUCAGAGAUCAGUGACUGUAACAGUGACGGGCAACAAGGUGCCUAUGCACGGAAGUGGGGCGGGUCUGAGCACUUCGACGGGGACGACAACAAUUCCGGUGCAGCUUAAACUCAGCUUCAUUGUCCGAUCAAGAGCGUACGUUCUGGGAAAAUUGGUUAAGCCAAAAUUCAUCAAGAAAAUCGAUUGCAAUAUCACAUUCCAUCCGAACAAGAUCAAUGCCCCAAUUUCUCUCAAGAAUUCUUGCACAUAUGAUUGACUGAUUGAUUUCAGAAGCAAAUCCUCGAACCCAUGAGAAGCAUUAUUAUUUUUUUGUUCUAAAAUUAUUCUUGUUAUUCCUGUUGGCGGAGAAAUGAGUUGGAAAGGAAAUGAAACACAGCUUAGAGGGGAGAUUUUGAAGUCGUUUUUAUUUACUGUAUUUAUUUACAAUCAAGUGAAUCUGAACCA